UCUGGUAAGGGAAUUUUGAGAUGACAAAACAGUACAUGAAGAAAUUCCCUUGGUAAUAUUCCGCGCACCUGUUGCAUUUAAGAAGCUAGUCCUCAAAGCGGUUCACCUAUAACAUCCUCAACUUCACUAAUGGAAGGAGACAGUCAGAUGGCAUCUUGCAUGGAAUCGUUUUUGAACUGUUCAUUGUCACUGGAUUAUUGUUCCAUGGCUAAAGCAGGAUGGCGUUACAUAGGUGAUGGACAUGUCCAGACCAUGUGCUGCAGGAUGAUUGUCAGGAACUGGAAGGAAACAUAUGAUCCCUGGAGGCAGCAUGCCAUUCUUGAUCCCUGUUGUUCUUUUCUCAAACAACAGAAGGACCAGGAUUUCAUCAAUAUGGUUCAAGCUGAUUUGUCCACAGUAGAUAAUGAACAACUUGAACAACAGUCUGCAGAGCUUAGUCCAGAGGAGGAAUCUGAAUAUAAGGUGUUGUUAAAGGUGAAUGACAGGAGAAAGAAACGGCAGUAUUGCUUGGUAUGUGAAGAAGAACCUCGAGCAUUCAGUUACUUGCCUUGCGGACAUUUUGCUUGCUGCCUAUGUUGUGACCCUGCACAACUUAAAUGUCCUUCAUGUAAAGUGAUCAUAAGUCAAAGGAUAAGAACAUUUUUGCCAUAACAGCUGGGAUCAGAGAGACUACGAUACAUAGUCAUAGGGUGGUCGGGUGGCGC